AUGUCUGAUGUUUCGAAAACCAUAGCUUCUAUUGUAGGGUCCGAUGACCCUGUGAUCAUUGAAUUCAUACUAAAUAUCAUGAAUAGAUCAAAAAAUUUGCAAGAGUUCAUACAAAAUAUUCAAGGCUUAGAAGCCGGCAUAUCUUACGAAGACAGUACUAAAUUGUAUAAUGUAUUUUCAAAAAAUGACAAGAAUGAAAAGAGCCCAGACAUUGUUAUAGAUUCAGGGUUAAGUCGCGAAGUUCAUCAAAUCUUAAAGGAUGACGUUAAUUUGGACGACCCUGUAGUGACUGAUUUCGUACUUAGCAUUUUAAAUGAAUCCAAGUCAAUAACCGAAUUUCAAGAAAAACUAAGCUCCAUGCAAAGCGGUCUCGAUAAUGAAACAAUCUUUAAAAUAUAUCAAAUCGUAUCCCCGCCUAUAGCGAAAGAAGAAGCUCCAAAAACCAAGAUUGCAAUAAAAGCAGAAGCAAAAGUGAGCCAAGAGGCAGAAGAAAAAGAGCGGAAAACAGACGAUUUAGACCUUAAUCCUGUUCUUGAUAAAGUAUAUCGUGGUAGAGUGAGAAAUAUAACCGCUUUUGGUUGUUUUGUUCAAAUCUUGGGGACACAAAGGAAGAACUGCGAUGGGUUGGUUCAUAUAUCGGAAAUGUYAAAACAAAGAAUAAGGGAUCCACAUGAUUUAGUGAAACAAGGUCAACACGUGUUUGUUAAAGUAAUAAAAGUACAAAAUAAUGGAAAAAUAUCGCUCUCGAUGAAAGGCGUUGAUCAAGAUAAUGGAGAAAUGGAGGAAACAAAUGAUACAGAGGUUGAAAGUAGAGGUAGACCUAACGAUAUUCAAACAGGUAGACCGGCAAAAAAUAAGAUUAAAAGGCGUGCGUUAACUUCACCUGAAAGAUGGGAGAUUCGACAACUCAUUGCUAGUGGUGCUGCUUCUAUCGACGAUUAUCCAGAACUAAAGGAGGAAAUCCCCAGAAAUACUUCCUAUAUAAUGGAAGAGGAGAAUAAAGUAGCAACACCUUCUAACGAAAAAAAUUCUGAGGGUGUGAAACCAGAAGUAAAGGAGGAAGAGGAACAGAUAGACGAGAUUGAUGUCGAGCUGAAUACAGAUGAUGAACCUAAAUUCCUGAAAGAUCAACAAGUUAAGGGUGCCAGAAAAUAUGAAAUGCCUAAAAUAACAAAAGUUCCAAGAGGAUCCAUGAAUCGUACAGCAAUGAAUGGUUCGAAUGCUGUAAGAGAUCACAGAGAAGAAAAAAUGAAGAAAAAAAGAGAGAUUGAACAAAAAAUAAGAAAAAAACAAUCAUUUGACGAUCCUACGAAGAACAAACAAGAUUCCAGGAAUGAAAUCCAAACGUUGAGAAACCAAUUGGUUGUUACUGAAUGGGAAAGGAACAGAAUGAAUGAACCUAUUUCCUACGGGAAAAGAACCUCCAUGCCAAUCAGCGUACAACGUCAAACAUUACCUGUAUACGCAAUGAGAUCCGAAUUAAUGCAGGCUGUUCGCGAAAAUCAGUUUUUAGUCAUUGUUGGUGAAACAGGUUCGGGUAAAACCACUCAAAUCACACAAUAUUUAGACGAAGAAGGGUUCAGCAAUUAUGRGAUGAUUGGAUGUACUCAACCUCGUAGGGUUGCUGCUGUCUCUGUAGCAAAAAGAGUCGCUGAAGAAGUUGGCUGUAAAGUUGGUCAUGAUGUUGGUUACACUAUUAGAUUUGAAGAUGUUACUGGCCCAGAUACGAGAAUAAAAUAUAUGACUGAUGGUAUGUUACAGAGAGAAGCAUUGUUAGACCCUGAGAUGUCAAAAUAUUCUGUUAUAAUGUUAGAUGAAGCUCAUGAAAGAACCGUGGCAACAGACGUUUUAUUUGCAUUGUUGAAGAAAGCUGUGGUCAAGAGACCAGAAUUAAAAGUGAUAGUUACAUCGGCAACUUUGAACUCUGCUAAGUUUUCUGAGUAUUUUUUGAAUUGUCCGAUUAUUAAGAUACCUGGUAAAACGUUUCCUGUAGAGGUGCUUUACUCACAAACCCCCCAAAUGGAUUAUAUAGAGGCCGCAUUGGAUUGUGUUAUAGACAUUCAUAUAAAUGAAGGCCAAGGUGAUAUUUUGGUUUUUUUGACAGGGCAAGAAGAAAUUGACUCAUGCUGUGAAAUACUUUUUGAUAGAGUAAAGACGUUAGGCGAUAGUAUUGGCGAGUUACUUAUUCUACCUGUCUACUCUGCCUUGCCAAGUGAAAUUCAAUCAAAAAUUUUCGAACCCACUCCGAAGGGCAGUAGAAAAGUUGUGCUUGCUACAAAUAUUGCUGAAACUUCUAUUACUAUUGACGGUAUCUAUUACGUUGUUGACCCUGGUUUUGCGAAGAUUAACAUCUAUAACGCUAGAGCAGGUAUUGAACAACUGAUAGUAUCUCCAAUAUCACAAGCACAGGCAAACCAAAGAAAGGGUAGAGCUGGGAGAACAGGUCCAGGUAAAUGUUAUCGACUAUACACAGAAUCCGCAUUUUACAAUGAAAUGCUAGAAAAUACUGUUCCCGAAAUUCAAAGACAGAAUCUUUCUCAUACUAUUUUAAUGCUAAAGGCCAUGGGCAUCAACGACUUGCUAAAAUUUGAUUUCAUGGAUCCACCACCGAAGAAUUUAAUGCUGCAUGCACUAACAGAAUUAUAUCAUUUACAGUCAUUAGACGACGAGGGAAAUUUGACGAGACUAGGUAGAGAAAUGUCCUUGUUUCCAAUGGAUCCCACUUUAUCACGCUCCCUGUUAUCAUCUGUGGAUCAGCAAUGUUCCGAUGAAAUCGUUACUAUAAUCUCAAUGUUAUCGGUACAGAAUGUUUUUUACCGUCCGAAAGAUAAACAGCUGGAAGCUGAUCAUAAAAAGGCAAGAUUCCAUCACCCAUAUGGUGACCACCUGACGUUAUUGAACGUUUACACGAGAUGGCAGCAAGCAGAUUACUCAGAACAAUACUGUAAAACAAACUUUUUACACUUUAGGCAUUUGAGAAGAGCCAGAGAUGUCAAAAGUCAGAUCAGCAUGAUUUUUAAAAAAUCGGGUCUAAGAUUAAUUAGCUGUCAUAGCGAUCCCGAUUUGAUUCGUAAAACUUUAGUAUCAGGGUUCUUUAUGAAUGCUGCUAAGCGAGAUUCGCAAGUGGGUUAUAAGACUAUCAACGGUGACACAGAAGUAGGAAUACAUCCUUCAAGUUCGUUGUAUGGGAAAGAAUAUGAAUACGUGAUUUACCAUAGUCUUGUAUUGACUAGUAGGGAAUACAUGUCUCAAAUAACAAGCAUCGAACCUCAAUGGCUUCUUGAGGUUGCGCCUCAUUUUUAUAAAGCUACAGAUGCUGAAAGUCAAUCUAGGAAAAGAGCCAAAAUAAUUCCUUUACACAACAAAUUUGCGAAGGAUCAAAAUUCAUGGAGACUAAGUUCAAUAAGACAAUCUAGGGAAAGAGCAUUAGGUAUCAAGAGAUAA